UACUUUCACAUAAUGAGAUUUCUGAUAAUCAUCAGUAACGUAGUUAAUUCACACUGAAUGGGGAAUGUCAAAAACAUCAGCCGAUGAUGAAGAUGUAUGUAUUAGAACUAAGUAGGGCAGUUCAAGUUAAAGCCAGGAAGAGACAGCACUGAUGAUGAUCUCCAAAAUCCAGGAGCAUGUGCAGUCUCAUCUCACUGUAAUAUCGACGGCCGGAUCCAGUGUAGCUGCGCUGAGCUGUGGCCGUGUGAGGGUUAAAGUGGUUCAGGCUGCAGCCGCUGGAGGAGCCGGAGUGAGACGAGCCCCUGCAGGAUCCCGCUCGCAGUCAGCGGCGCCGGCCGGCCAGCACGCAGCCACACCGACCGACAGCAGGUGGAUGAGGGAGAGGAGGACCCCGCAGCGGCCCCGGCUCCUCUGCACGAGUCUCUUAACUUGUUGAUUCAGUCCCCCCCCCACCCCCAGGAGCGGACGGGUGGGCGAGCUGUAGGAUCAGACCUGGACGUGCUGCUGACGGUGUGUGUGUGUUUGUGUGUGUAUUUGUGUGUGUGUGAGCUACUGUCCAACAUGUCGCCUCGGAGCUCAUGAUGCCUCCGUCGGCUCCCUGCAGAGCUCCGGACACCUGGGCGGACGGGAGAAGUUUGAACGCGUUCCUCACGCUGCUGAUGCCCGUCCGUGCGGAGAAUCGGGACUUAAGGAAGACACCGGCGAGGGGAAGCAGCGAGGAGGGACCCUGAUGCGGUCACCCGCAGGACCAUGUCUUCUUAAUCUACCGGGCUGCAUCCUCCAGUGAAUCCAGCGAGAGAAGAUGAACAAAGCGGGGUGUCGCUCGGGCACCUCGCUGCCACCGGACACGAUGGACAUCAUCCGCAGCAAGACGCACACCCGCCGGGUGAGACUCAACGUCGGGGGCCUCCUCCACGAAGUCCUGUGGAGGACCCUGGACAGGCUGCCCCGCACCAGACUGGGCAAGCUGAGGGACUGCAACACCCAUGACUCCAUCAUGGAGAUAUGCGACGACUACAGCUUGGACAGCAACGAGUACUUCUUCGACAGGCACCCCGGCGCCUUCACCUCCAUCCUCAACUUCUACCGCACCGGGAAGCUGCACAUGAUGGAGGAGAUGUGCGCCCUGUCCUUCAGCCAAGAGCUGGACUUCUGGGGCAUCGACGAGAUCUACCUGGAGUCCUGCUGCCAGGCCAGGUACCACCAGAAGAAGGAGCAGAUGAACGAGGAGCUGAAGAGGGAGGCCGAGAACAUGAGGGAGAGGGAUGGGCAAGAGUUCACCACCACAUGUUGCUCUGAGAAGAGGAUGAAGCUCUGGGACCUGCUGGAGAAGCCGAGCUCCUCCUUUGCUGCCAAGAUCCUGGCCAUAAUCUCCAUCUUGUUCAUCGUACUGUCGACCAUUGCCUUGUCUCUGAACACCCUACCGGAGCUGCAGGACACGGAUGAAUUUGGCCAGUCCUCAGACAACCCACAACUGGCCCAUGUGGAAGCUGUGUGCAUCGCCUGGUUCACCAUGGAAUACCUGCUACGCUUCCUCUCCUCGCCCAGCAAAUGGAAGUUCUUUAAGGGUCCUCUGAAUAUCAUUGACCUGCUGGCCAUCCUGCCCUAUUACGUAACCAUCUUCCUGACGGAAUCCAACAAGAGCGUGUUGCAGUUUCAGAACGUCCGUCGAGUGGUUCAGAUUUUCCGAAUCAUGCGGAUCUUGCGUAUCUUGAAACUGGCUCGUCACUCCACGGGUCUUCAGUCUCUGGGCUUCACUCUUCGGAGGAGCUAUAAUGAACUGGGCCUGCUGAUUCUUUUCUUGGCCAUGGGCAUCAUGAUAUUCUCCAGUCUGGUCUUCUUUGCAGAAAAGGAUGAGGAGGACACCAAGUUCAAAAGCAUCCCAGCUUCCUUCUGGUGGGCUACCAUUACAAUGACAACAGUAGGCUAUGGAGAUAUCUACCCAAAAACUCUACUGGGAAAGAUAGUUGGUGGUUUGUGUUGCAUUGCUGGCGUGCUGGUGAUAGCCCUGCCAAUCCCCAUCAUUGUGAAUAACUUCUCUGAGUUCUACAAAGAGCAAAAGAGGCAGGAGAAGGCCAUCAAAAGGAGGGAGGCUCUGGAGAGGGCUAAGAGAAAUGGUAGCAUCGUCUCUAUGAACAUUAAAGAUGCAUUCGGCCGCAGUGUGGAGCUCAUGGAUGUGUUGGUGGAAAAUACUGAUGGAAAGAAGGAGAAGGUGCAUGAUAAUCAUGUUUCUCCUAGCCAGCCAAAAGGGACACCCAAAUUCAAGCCCCAGAUGAGCCCGAGCAGCCCUGCCAAGACCCUCGAACCAAACUACCAAGAGCAGGCCAAGCCCUCCAGCAGCCCUCAGCAUCUCAGCGCACAGAAACUGGAGGAGAUGUACAACAACAUGGCCAAGACCCAGUCACAACCAGACCUCAACAGCAAGGACAAAGGGCCGCAGUCCAAAGCAGUUAGGCAGAGAGCUGAGUUUGAAAUGGGAAACAUCCCUGCCGAAGCUAUCUCAAGCACAGCAGAGGCAGUCACAGACAUGAGGAGCAUGUCCAGCAUUGACAGCUUCAUCAGCUGCGCCACUGACUUCCCUGAGAGCUCUCGCUUCUCCCAGAGCCCCGUCGGCAACAUGCCAGGGAGGGUCAGCACCAACCCCAGCCUGGAGCCCACCUUAGAGAACGAGAAUGAAGGAUCCCAGGGCACCACGACACCCCUGACAGGCCAAAGCACCAAGCAAGGCCCAUAUUCCGACAGCCCCAGGGGUAGGCGCUUCAAGAACCCACUCAAAAGCCGCUCGCUCAAGGUGAACUUCAGAAGUGGGGAGGAUUCAGGGACGGGGGCCCUCUCAGACAGCUCAUCAGUCCAGAGCCCUGAGGUGUCCGUCUACACGACUGCCAGCAGCAGGACACCCACCAAGAGCCCGGAGAAUUUACCGCCCAGCAUCUUCACAUUCCACGAUUCAUCCAUCAAUAAAUUCAUCGACGCGGACACCGAUGAGGAAGAGCACCCGAAUGACGGUUCAGGCACCAAUCCUUCCCAGAGACUCCUGGAAAAAUCCAGCUACCAGAAAGGGUCCAACCACACAGAGGGCCUGCUGCAGAGGAAGCUGGGGAACAGCACACUGCCGCUGGAAGGACAGGAGAACCACAUGGUUCAGGAACUCCAUCCACUUCAGGGAGAGAAGGGUCACUCAAACGCUUAAAGUCACAAUAAUUGAGAGGCAACGGAGGAAACAUAUAGGGGAGGAGGAAGCAGAAAGCACAGUGAACUCAGCAAAACUGAACUUCCCAAAAAUAUGAAAGACACUGAAAACAUUUGCAGGAACAUUUGAAGAACAAUACGAAAUGCUUCUACCGUGAAAAUGCAAUAGUUUUGGACAAUGGGAAACUAUUUUGUGUGCUCUCAAACCAGGACCCCUGAACUAAUCUGAUCGAAGAGGCAAGGAACAUCGCCUGAUAAUUUUUAUCAUUUAUACAUCUGUUUAAAUCCAGAUUAUAAUCUAAUAACUACAGCCUAGAUGUAAGAGUACAGAAUAUCAUUUUUUAUAAGCAAGAUAUCCUAUUUUUCUGACCCUGGGUACCACUUUAAAGCCACUAUAGCAAAAGCUGUCCAACCAGUAGCAAAUCACAGAGGGCAUUGAAACACGGCGCUGCAAACUGAGAAAGUCAUUCAGCUGAGAAAGCUGCAAAGGAACAGUGUGUUGGGAAUAUAUGUAGUUUCUUUUAACUUUCCUUCCUCAAAACUGGCCUUAGUUCAUGUCGUCGCCCGUGUUUUAUGUUUGUAUGAGUGAGAAAGCGAGACGGAGACGGACAGACAGCACAUACAAGAGUGUGCAAAGUUUAUCUUUCAAACACAGUAUAUUUAUUGGGACGUAUCGUUCUUGGUCUCGUCUUAAGUGUGGACUCAAGAAGAAUCAGUCUGUUUCUUUUCAACAGCAGUUUAUUGUCUUUGCUCGUAUAUAUAUUUCUUUCUUUUUUCUUUUUUUUUUUACUGCACAGAAUACGUUUCGACAACACAGAGAGACACUGUGAGGCUGCAUCCAUCGAUUUCCUUCUUGUUCCCAUUGUGCCCGACUGAUGGCAAGAGAGAGCACCUUAAACACCAUGAUUAUUUUGAUUACGAACAAAGAAAAAAAAAUGACUUGUUUGUUUACUUGUUUUGGUUGUUUCUAAAAUGUCUGUGUGUGUGUCUCAGAUUGGUGUAAUGACAGCUUGAAUCCGGGGGAAAAACAAACAAAACAAAAAAAAAAAGAAAAUUGUCGUGUAAUUCCAAAACUUUCUCAAAGGGGUUUCGGAGGAGUCAUCAUUCCUAUUGUAGCUGAUAAUCUGAACUUGACAUGAAGCGAGCUGGAGAUACAGCAUUGAAAAUCACACCGAUUUUUUAAUGUGGGGCCUCCAGGAUGUGUGGGAGUGUGAAUAUUGUACAUGUCUAACUACAAAAGUAGAAUAUUACGAGGAAACACAUUUAUUGUACAAGGUAAAGAAUGAAAAUAAUUUAUAUUUUUAAGAUAUUUUCUAAAGGUACAGACUUGUAGACAAAUCUAUUGUGCUAAUCUCAUAGUUUUGCAUUUCAGCAUAUGUAUUGCAUUAUUUUGAUGGAGUUGCAUUUAAUAGGUGAUAUACUGUAGUCGAUCAAUUUGUAUUGUUUGCUACCGUCUCCCUGUAAACGUCUGUCCCUUUAUCCUCUGUGCAUUGUGAAGAACCAAAGAAUUGUUCUUUCUGAUAACGCAUACAGACGAUAGUAAGUCUUACUGUUUUAUCUUAAAAUGUAAGAAAUAUAAGCAUUCCUUUUCUAAACAGCAGUAUCUGACGUAUAUCAGGGAGCCAUACACGCUCAUUCGGUACAAACACGUAAGCUGGAGAAUGCACAGACGGGAGAAUCGUCCUCUGUUGGCAGGAAAUGAAAAGAGGGCAAAGAUGAAAAUGGAGAGACAACACAGCACUUUAUGUUACAUCCAUUCUGACAGCUAAUUUGAUUAUUUACACACUGUGGAUCUUGGCAAGUGGUUUGGCUUGCAGAAAUCCAAAGCAUUACGCUCAUGUGAGUUCACAUGACAUCUCUCACAAACAUAAAGCCACCUCGCGGCUUCGCACAGCUCACCUCGCAGGCACACAGGCUGUCUGUGUCUGUAGGGGUCUGUAGUCCUACCAAAUAUCCCACGUCCUGCUCCUCUGUAUGCACCUGACUCCAAACAUAUGGGUGUUGGUCAUCUGGUGCUCUUGUGGUUUUAUAACAUUAUACCCUCACAACAUAUCAUGCCGACAUGCCACGAAGAAUCUACUUUUAGCAGUUUAAAGGGGCACUACGUGAUUUUUAAGAAGAACUUCAAACUCAUGAUUUGAAUAUUUACAAUAUUAAUGAGGGAAAAAUAUAAACUCAGAAAUAUUUAUUCCAUGACUGAAUAAACAAACUGUUCUCCGAAGAAAACAAGGUCCCCAAAAUACUGUCUGGAGCUAGAAAGGUGGCAGGGUCCGCCACAUAUAAACAAAGUAAAAAGGUAUGAAACUGUGUUGUCCUUUAAGGUCAGUUUGUGUAUUCAGUUGUUGUUCAGUUUGUUUAGGCAUUAAAAAGUCAGUGAGGAUCUUUUUUUCAUCCCCCUAACUACAUACUACUACCCCUUUACAGCUUUAAAGGUAGGGUCCACUCUGUAUAACUGUUUGCAAAUAUACAAUAGACAUGAGUUAGAUAUUUCUGUGCCUUUGCUUUUAACAAACCCCUGCCCUGAGUACUUAAUCUGAUGCUGAGCCCCGUCUCAUGACAAUAAAACAAACUGUACAACAAAUAAACACACAGAGAAGUGGCUCAUCAAGCUCUCAGACUGCAACUUCAGCUAUCCCCUCCAAAUAUCUCUUUUUACACUUAAACGCACCGAACAUUCACAUGAAAAAGGCCCCAUAAGAAGAACAAACAGGUGCACCCUUGCUCAACGACCACUGUUUCCAUGGCAAUGGCUGGGAUCACUGGCUCGCUCACAUAUGAUGCGAGUGAGGAGCCUAAUUUGUGGAGAUGGAGUCCUUACAGACCCUGCAUUCUCCCCAUGCCUGCAUUCAUGUACGCGUUUCUCUCCUCACCUGCGGCCUCAGCCUGCUGAUGCCGGAUUCAUUGAGGAAACUGCAUGGUGGGCCAGUCUUCCCUUCAAUCCAUCCGACUCUUUCUUAGAGGAACAUGCACACAUCAUCUCGGCGAGACAAGAGCAUGACCACAGCAACGCUCCCCUGAAACUAAGGUGCCGUUGCUAUGAUGUCCACCUCAGACACCUUCCUCCCGCGGCGGGGGUGAGUGUGAAAUGUGAAUGGACUAGGAACAAGCGGUGUGUGACAGCAGAGAGCCGAGGAGCAGAGCCGUCAGCCUGAUUACAACUGACACCGCUAAUGAUGUCUGUGGCACUCUGCUCCUGUCCAAAUAGCUCUUUAACGCGGACAACACGAUCGUUCGAAACAUUAUCUGUGAGCUCUCUCUUAGAAAGGGAACCCAUCCCCUCCGACAGGACCAUCACCAUCAUAUUCUGUUAAUGAGAAACUAAGUUAUGCAGCCUGAUUGUGCACACAGCACUCAAGUGUUUUGUUUUGUUUUUUUUCCAUUACGAGGACCGGCCUCGAGUCUUUUGUGCAGAAUGACAAUGCAAAAAUGCUAGUUGAGCUGAGGCAUCCUUGUUUCAUUGCUGCGAUUCUAUAAAUAUCAAUCUCUGGGCAUGCAAAGAGAGGGUCAGGGCCAGCAGGAAAGGCUCGAUUACAGCCCUGUCUUUGGUCAGACAGUGUCAUGCAGUCCCAAGGAGCAAACUUUGUAAGAAAAGGGGGGAAACUACACAGGCAGUCACUGGUGUGCUGCGAUCUGUCGUAGCCCAGCCCUUUAUGCUGCAUGGUGAUGGGAUGAAAACGUCAAAUUGACGAAUGGUGAGAUGGCUUUCACUCCUCAAAGCAUUAAGAACUGAAGAACAGACCGGAGAGCUGAAGAGGGAGGGGGUCGAACACAGUGAAGAUUCAUUAACAUUCAUCACUCAACAGUCAGACAUGCAGUGAAUAGGGACAAAAGCUUAGGAAAUGAGCCCGUCGCCACAGUGGACUUACUUCCAAACAAGCCAUAGUCUACUGAAAUUUCCUCUGUUGGACGAAUGUUAACAACGCGCUUUUUAUAUCUUUUUUUGUUUGUUUGUUUCCUUCUCGUUUUCUGAACUGGCACUUUAUUGAUUUUUUUUUCUGUGUUAAAUCGUCUGCUGUCUAGUGGCCAUGCAAAUUAACAUGUCGACAUUCAAAGGUACACAUUGGGUCGAAGACAAAAAGCACAAGCUGUAACAAUGUCAUUUCCUUUAAGCACAAUAUGCCACACAAGAGGUUGAAGCCAAAUACAGACACGCGAUUUGAUUUUCUGAAUCUUCCCCCCUCGUCUUCAGGGAAUUAAUCACCUCUGUUCAACUCACACAGGUCUGUAUGCUGCCCUUAUUACUGUGUCCGGGGAAAUGUUUGUUUUGUAAGGUUUCAUACUUUGUACCAGUUGACUUUGUAGAAUAUUGUCUCUGUGGUUCCUCGUUGUUCAACGCAUGUAGCGCUAUUAAACUUUGACACACAGAACUUGUAAAUAUCAUCUAAGAAGCUAUAGGAAUAUGUCUAUGAUCAGCAAUUUUGAAGCAAUUUUCUCCUUUUACUGACUGAUGCUUAAUAAAAGACAAUAAUCCAGUG